GAGGAACAGUGGGGAAAAUCUCGGCCGUCCCAUGCCCUCCUUAUAUUUAUGACUUCAAUCACAACGGAGUUGCUGUCCGACACUGUAAUGCGAAUGGAACAUGGGAUUUUAUGUACAGUUUAAAUAAAACAUGGGCUAAUUAUUCAGACUGCCUUCGCUUUCUGCAGCCAGACACCAGCCUCGGAAAGCGGGAGUUCUUUGAGCGCCUCUCCAUCCUGUACACGGUCGGGUACUCUGUCUCCUUUGGCUCCCUGGUGGUGGCUGUGCUCGUCAUUGGCUGCUUCAGACGAUUGCAUUGUACCAGGAACUACAUCCAUGUGCACUUGUUCGUGUCUUUCAUGCUGAGAGCUGCCAGCAUCUUUGUCAAGGACAGCGUGGUCCACGCUCGCCUGGGAGCAGAGGAGCUGCAGGCCCUGAUAAUGCGGGACGGCCCACGGAGUUCCAUGGAAGCACCUUCUGUGGACAAAUCACAAUACGUUGGGUGCAAGAUUGCCGUUGUGAUGUUUAUUUACUUCUUGGCUACAAACUACUUUUGGAUCUUGGUGGAAGGUCUCUACCUGCAUAGUCUCAUCUUCGUGGCGUUCUUUUCAGAUACCAAAUACCUGUGGGGCUUCGCCUUGAUGGGCUGGGGGUUCCCGGCAGUGUUUGUUGCAGCCUGGGCUGUGGCACGGGCGACUCUGGCUGAUGCAAGAUGCUGGGAACUCAGUGCUGGAGACAUCAAGUGGAUUUAUCAGGCCCCAAUCUUAGCAGCUAUUGGGCUGAAUUUUAUUCUGUUUCUGAAUACAGUUAGAGUUCUGGCCACCAAAAUCUGGGAGACCAAUGCCGUCGGGCACGACACGAGAAAGCAGUACAGGAAACUCGCCAAGUCGACGCUGGUCCUGGUGCUGGUCUUCGGGGUACACUACAUCGUGUUUGUGUGCCUGCCCCACUCCUUCGCGGGGCGCGGCUGGGAGGUGCGGAUGCACUGUGAGCUCUUCUUCAACUCCUUUCAGGGCUUCUUUGUGUCCAUCAUCUACUGCUACUGCAAUGGAGAGGUUCAGUCCGAGGUGAAGAAGUUGUGGAGUCGGUGGAAUCUCUCUCUGGCCUGGAAAAGGACGCCUGCCUGCAGCGGCCACAGGUGCGGCUCCCUGCUCACCACCGUGACUCCCAGCACCAGCAGCCAGUCGCAGAUGGGGGCCAGCGCCCGCAUGGUGCUCCUCUCGGGCAGAGUGACCAAGGUGGUCUGUACACAGCCUGACAGCCACGUGACUUUGCCCGGCUAUGUCUGGAGUGGAUCGGAGCAGGACUGCCUGCCACACUCGAUCCAAGAGGAGACUGUGGAAGGCAAUGGGAGGCAGACGGGUGAGACCACGAGGGAGGAGCCUUCCAGGCCACUGGAGUUUAGCCCAGACACUGGAGGCAGCAAAGGAGAAACAGAGGAAGUUCUGUAA